AUGCGCGUCCGAUUCGUGGAUUCGUCUGACGACGGGGCCUCACAUGAGGCGGCAAUGGAUCUCAGGUCCGCACAAGACGAUGGCGCGGAGUCCACCGAGAGCUCCAUGCGCGGCGCUUCUCGCCAGCCGUACGUCGGUGGCGAAGAGGCUGAGAACAAGGACACGAAUCGCCGUCAGGGUAGUAGACGUGGUGGUGGGUGGCUAUCUUCCAUGUUGGACAAGGGUGUCAACGCUGCAUCUGGUCUGUUUUUAGAGCCUAGAAAUGACUCACCGCACGAGCCUGUCGAAGACGUGCCCUUCAACGCUCAGCUACCACUUACCGGCCCUAAUCGCGGCAGCGGCGUAGUUGCUGGUAGUCACAUGCCAGAUAGGCUCAGCAGCAGCAGCGGUGGCUGGGAAUUUGACAGGGUUGAGCACCGCAGCUCUAUGGAGUUGGUUCCGCCCACUGAAUCGGCAAGCACCCUGGAAGGUAAUGAUUUGGAGAGGGAUAGCGAUCCCGAUCAGGUGAACCUAAACCUGAAAGACACGUUACUGCUGUUUAUACAGACCGACUCUGACGUGUUCAUGAACAUAAUCCUCGCAACCCUGAAGGCCAGCAACGAGCUCGUAGACGGGGAGACCUUCGAAAUAGUUAGUGGAAACCCGGCACUGCUGAAAGUUUUCCUCGACUCUGGCCGCGUCGACAUUGACGAUCCUCGCGUGCAGUCGGUCGUGCAGACAAAGCUCGGCGAGGUGCUUGCCGGCGAUCCCUACGACGGUGACGUCGUUUCUGGCGAUCUGCUCAACUACGUCCGGUCCCUGUGCAGCAUCCAAACAAGUCGUAUCACCUUUCAGCAGAUGGUGCUCCUGCGCUACUCUGGUUUCGACUACGUGGAGCUGCUAAUCGACUACCCGUAUCUGCUGGAGGAUUUGGAGAAGCCCAGCUUCUGCAUAUACCUCGUCUUUGACGUCCUGCACUACAUCAGCAUUGCGAUUAGCUGGAUUGGCGUGUUGAUUACGUUGACGUUCACCGCCAUGGUACUGUGGUCGGUGGUGUUUUGGUUCCAGCGCCCCGAGCACCGCAACAAUGGCUACUGGAUCAUCAUCACGUACGUUGGCGGCUAUGUGGUGAGUAUUGUCGCAACCAUGCGGGCGGAGGAUGGCAAGAUCAAGCGCUAUGAGAAUCAAGUGUGGCAGUACCCGAACAACCUGUUUCGGAUUGUACCCAUCAUCCCUGUGUACGAGAUUAUGCUUAGCUACGUGUUGCUGCGGUACGAGAUUUCGGCCAACGCGAAGCGCUUUUUCAUUAUCCGGUACGAUCUGCGCAAUGGCUCCCUGGUCCAGCACAUUGCCAACGGCUGCUUUUACGCCCUGCCGCAAAUGAUUCUGCAGACGUUCCUCUUCACCAGUGAUGCUCUCCAAAACCAUCGCUACCUCCAGGGCGCCUAUUACUGGCUACUCUUGGGUUGCUCGUUGACGUUGAUAACCAUGUCAAUAUUCGCCUACCACCGCAUUGCCUUCUUCACGCACUCGUGCAACAGCUUUAGGUUUGCGGUUCUAUCGAGCCAAAGCACGAGCACCAAAGACCAUACGCGCGUGCUCGCCCGCCGCGUCCAUCCGUCUGACAUCGCCACGAAGAUAUUUAUCUUCUUCACCAUAUACUUUAUCGUUGCCCAGACGGUGACCCUUGUUGUGCUUAUGCUCACCCUUCACUCCAGCACGAGAAUCGCGAUCAUCUUCCCCGCCGUCUACAUGGCCGUCCUUGGCCUCUCUAUCAUUGUAAUCGUGGUUGUCUCCGUCAACCUGUCCUUCUCGCGGGGCAUGGGUGCCAUUGGUAUUCCUGUGGCGCUGAUGCAAAUCGCCUUUCUCGUGUACAUCAACGUGGGUGCGACAGGCCAAGAGUCCAUCUUUAAACUCAACUUCACGUGGAUGAUACCAAGCAUCGUCAUCUUUGGGAUGAUGUGCCUGUCCAUGGUAGCCUGGUUAACGAUGUUGCUGUUCGAGCUCUUUCGUGGCGUGCGCAUUACACAGCAGGCUGUCGAUCACUACAUCCUGUCGUAG